AUGGCGACCGUCGGGGCGGCGCUCGGGGGCAUGCUCGCCUCAGCCGUCAUCAAGGUGGUGAUAGGACAGAUCAAUUCUACCAUCGCCGGGGAGAUCAAGCUGCAUAAGAACAUGAAGAAGGAUCUGGAGAAGAUGAAGAUGACGCUCGAGUCGGUGGAGGCCGUGCUCAGCGACGCUGAGAGGCGCUCUAUCACCGAUAACUCGGCGCUUCUGUGGCUGAAGCGGCUAAAGGACGCCAUGAACGACAUCUCUGACAUGCUUGAAGGUUUCGAAGCUGACAACAACCUCAACAUGUUGGCAACUACGAUGAAGAAGAUUAAGAUGCCACACAAGAUGAAAGAGAUGCAAAAGCACCUACAAAAGAUAACAGAUGACCGUAACAAUUAUCGUGUUCUGCCAGAAGCUCGCAGCGAGGAGCAGCGAGUUCCUGAUGUUCGGGAAACAACAGGGAAUGCGGAAGCAGAAAUCAUCGGGAGGAGUGAAGAAAAACUGAAAAUCUUGGCUUGUUUAUCUGAGAACAGCACUCAAGGCACCACCAUCUUUCCCAUAUGGGGCUUUGGAGGCAUUGGAAAGACCACCUUGGCAAGAUCGGUUUUCAACAAUUCCCAGUUCAAAGAAUACUAUCGGGUGUGGGUCUAUGUGUCCCAGACAUUUGACUUGAAAAAAAUUGGCAACAUUAUAAUAUCGCAGCUGUCACAGCAGAGCCAAAUAUCUAAUUUACAUAGUAUCCAUACUCGUCUUCAAGAGUUGUUUACUGGUAAGAGGAUCCUGAUCAUAUUGGAUGACCUGUGGGAGAAGCAUCCUUCUCAACUAGAACAAUUGAAGGCAAUGCUGAAGCAGGGUGAGGGGAGCAAGGUGAUGGUUGUGGUAACCACACGCGAAGAAAGCAUUGCAAAGGAAAUUGGUACUGUGGCUCCAUACGAAUUAUCUCCCUUCACCGAUGAAAUGUGCUGGGAUAUUAUUAAGCAAAAAUGCAACUUUGAGGCUUGUCCCGACAAAGAGCGUUUGGAGCCGAUUGGGAAGGAAAUUGCAAAAAAGUGUGGAGGUGUGGCUUUAGCUGCUCAAUCACUUGGACACAUGUUGAAAUUCAUGCCGUGUGAAAUGUGGGAUUCGGUUAGAACGAAUCAUAUUUGGGAACUGUCUAUUUCCAAAGAUACACCAAAUACACAUGAAGUGCUUGCAUCCUUGCUGUUAAGCUACAACUUCAUGCCUCCACGCUUGAAGCUAUGCUUUGGUUAUAGUGCAAUCUUUCCAAAAGGUCACAAUAUUAUUGAAGAUGAUCUAAUUUAUCAAUGGAUUGCUCUUGGAUUCAUAGAGCCAUCUAGUGGGUUCUCUACCUGGCAUGUCGGUCAAAAUUAUUUUAGGAAGCUUCUGGAGAUGUCUUUUCUUCAACAUUCAAAGGAUGACAACAGAACUCUCAAAAGAAAACAUGUUCCAAGGUUCACUAUGCAUGACCUGGUGCAUGACCUUGCAAGAUCGGUCAUGGCUGAUGAAUUUGACUUGGAGGGCCCGAACUGCCGUUAUGCAUGGCGGACUCGCGCAGAUUUUAAGCCAUUAAAGCCAUCCACGACUUCACCUGUAAAGCUAAGGGCGCUGCAUAUUAUGGACCAUACCUACACAAGAAUUCAGUUCCAUCAUGAUGUAGAUUCACCAGCUAAGUACAUCCAUGUCUUAGAUUUAAGCACAGACUGUUCCCAUGAGUUGCCAGAUUCGAUUGGUCAAUUUAAGCAGUUGAGGUAUCUUAGGGCUCCAUCAUUUCAGGGUAGAAUGAAUCCAAGGUUUUUUCGUAUGCUCCCAAAGUUGAAUUAUCUCAACCUUCAUUGCUGUCAUGAGCUCUCAGCAUUGCCAGAGUCUAUUGGCGAAAUGAAAUGUCUGAUGCAUCUUGACUUAUCACGUUGUAUACACCUACAAGAACUCCCAUUGUCAUUUGGGAAUCUCAGAGAGUUGCUAUAUCUGGAUUUGUCAAACUGUAAUGGUCUUUUAGGGAUACCCCAAGCUUUGGGUGGCCUUAACAAACUCCAACAUUUGGACUUAUCAUCAUGCAAAAAUCUCAGAGGGCUGCCAGACGUCAUCCGCAAGCUCACUGAACUCUGCUAUUUGAAUCUAUCAGGGUCCAUGCAUCAUAUCUUUGACAGUUCAUCAACAGAUCAAGCUGAGGGUUUCAUUCACUAUAUCUGCAUGCUUCCCAAUAUGAAGCAGCUGGACUUGUCUUCCCAAGGUGAAUAUUCUCUUAGUAUACCAGAGAGUGCUAGCCGCCUCAGCAAGUUGGUCCUCAAUUGGUGCCGCCAUGUUACUAGCAUUCCAGAAUGUGUGGCUAGAAUGGAUAGGCAAAGCCUUUUUGGCUUGUUGCCGGAUUUUUUUGUAUAUUCAGAUGGUACUGAAUCCAACAGCAACCUUGGGUUGCUUGAGCAUAUAAAUCCUGAACAGCUGUGUAUCAGGAUGCUUGGAAAUGUGAAGUUCUUGGAAGAGGCGCGCAUUAUAAAUCUGCGUAAGAAACACAGAAUUGGGGAACUGAGAUUAGGGUGGUUCGAAGAUGCGAAGAGAUACGUGGACGACAUGGAGUUGCUGAGGGAGCUAGUGCCACCAACCACUUUGCAGAGGUUUGAGAUAUCUGGUUAUAGUAGUGUUAGCUUUCCGGACUGGCUAAUGAGUAUCAGAAAUUAUCUCCCUAAUCUUGUGCGUGUGGAGAUGUCUAAUUUGCCAAAUUGUAACAGUCUACCACCCCUUGGCCAUCUACCAAAUCUCCGAGAGCUUAUUCUGGGUGCGAUGAAAAGCCUGGAAGAAUGGAACAUAGCAUACUCGAAUGGCGAGGAUAGUCCGGAUGAGCUCAUGUUCCCUAAGCUUGAGGAAGUGAUUAUAUAUAACUGCCCCAAGUUGAGGAUAAAACCACACCUUCCUAGAGCUUCCUCCUGGAGUAUAACAACAAGUGAUAGUGUGCUCAUCUCAUGGGGAGAGAGCGUGUCACACACCGGUGCUUCCUCAUCUUCUUCUGCAGUAUCCACUACUCUGGAAGUUACAGGCAGCAAGUUGCCUCUGCAACAGUGGAGUUUGCUUCACCACCUACCUGCCCAUAGUGAUUUGGAUAUCUAUGGUUGCAGUGAUUUAGCAAUCUCACCAGAGAUCAUCCAGGCCCUCCACUCCCUCAAAUCACUGAAACUAGAUAUGCGAGACUCAGACCAUGCAGAACUGAUUGAGUGGUUCACGUACCUCACGUCUCUUCAGCAGCUGUCAUUACUGAACUACAACAAGCUAGAGGAAUUGCCCGAAUGGUUAGGAGAACUCACCUCUCUCACGAAACUUGAAAUUGUGUGUUGCCCUGGCAUCACGACUUUGCCAGACAGCAUACAACAGCUCACAAACCUCCAACAAUUAGAAAUUCGCGACUGCCCUGAAUUAAGCAUGUGGUGUGAAGCAGAGGAAAACAAGAUCAAGCUUGCUCAUAUAGGACAAAUGAAAAUGCUUUUAGGAAGUAAACUAAUUCUUCUUUUCCCCAACAUAUCCUUGUUAUUGGAAAUAUCAGAAAAACAAGAAGGUGGUUUUGAUCGUACUGAAGACAAAGCCACUCUGAGAGAGCCAGGGGAGCAAGCAGAGCCAGCAGAGCCGCAACAUAGUGGCCCAUGGGUCUUCUCGCGUAUAUGUAUGUAUAUGAAUAUAAUGCUGCUCGGUGAAAAUUCAAGUGCAGCAGAAGUCGACAGUCCUGCAUCCGCAUUUCAACUGGAGCUACAGGUUGUUUUAUGUAUAUGGGAGACUGCUGUGUUCUGCAAGAAUUCAAAGUGCCGGGAUUUUUGUAUAUUACCUUUGGCAGUAAAGAUUCUUGUACUCUGUUAUCUACUGCCCUUAACAAAGAUAAAGAUAAUGCAUUCUUAGAA